GCCCUGGUGCCCCAUGCCCCGCACUGGGCUGGGUGCGGCCCGGAGGCGUUCAGCAACCUGCUCUACCUGCGCAUGAUGCAUCUCGAGGAAAAGGGUUCCUCUGGAGUUGCAUCCCUGCUGCUCCCUGCACCAUCCUCUCCCACCCUCUCAUGCCAGGCUAAGACUGCCCGGCAGAGUUGAGCGCCUAGCUUGUAGGUGAGACCCCGCAAGCCUGAAUGCAAGGCUCAGACAAUGACCAGCCAGUUGGCCUUGAUCUUCUCGCUAACAUCUCCUGUCUAUGGAAUGGAUGACACGGCUCGCCUCGUGCAGGACGACUAUGGUACAGACCUCCAUGAGUUGGUUUCAGAUAGCCCUCCUGGGUUUGGGCCUGCUGCUCAUGCUGCUACUGUACGUAGGACUUCCAGGCCCUCCUGAGCAGACCUCCUGGCCCUGGGGAGACCCCAAUGUCACAACCCUGGCUGGUCUAACCCCUGGCAACUCACCGAUGUUUUACCGCGAGGUGCUCCCCCUCCACCGUACACGCAGGGUGGAAGUUGUGCUGCUCCACGGAAAGGCCUUUAACUCCUACACAUGGGAGCAGCUGGGCACACUGCAGCUGCUGGCGCAGAGGGGCUACCGGGCUGUGGCCCUUGACCUCCCAGGUUUUGGGAACUCAGCUCCAUCAAAGGAAGCAAGCACAGAGGCAGGAAGGGUGGAGCUCCUGGAAAAAGUGUUACGGGACCUGGAGGUACAGAAUGCUGUGCUGGUGAGCCCCUCGCUGAGUGGCCACUAUGCCCUGCCUUUCCUGAUUCGAGGCCACCACCAGUUGCAUGGAUUCGUGCCCAUUGCACCUGUCUACACCCAGAACUACAGCCAGGAACAAUUCUGGGCCAUUAAGACCCCGACUCUCAUCCUGUAUGGCGAACUGGACCGCAUUCCAGCUAUGCAGUCCUUGCGGUAUCUCCGGCACCUGCCCAACCACUCUGUGGUGAAGCUGCGCGAUGCGGGUCACGCCUGCUACCUCCACAAGCCGCAUGACUUCCAUCUUGUCCUCCUUACCUUCCUUGACCACCUGCCUUGAGCUCACCCACUGCCCAGGUCCCAGUCCUGGCCUGAGUUUGGAGGGUCUCAACCAGUCUUCCCCAGAUCCCCACGCCAGGGAGGCAGCCCCUGGGAUUGGAAGGCAGAGACGAGAGAGCCAGGCCUUCUCAUUUCAUCUCACAGGCAAAAUAAAAAGCAUUUUUGUCAUGCCUGGGUGGUGACGGGUCCUGUUUCCUGGUGGUGUUGCAGGUGGGUGAAGGAGUGGGAGGCAAGUCUGUGACUACUGCGAGGCUGCGAGCUGGAAGAAAUGCUCCAGUGGCCUGGAAAGACUAAGAACACGGGCUACUUCCUAACCAGCUGCCCUCACAACUCUGUGCCUCAGUUUUCUCAUCUAUAAAAUGAAUGUGAU